GCAGUGCAGUUCUUUCUUUCUCCUCCUUGCAAUGACCCUAAAUACUCGCUUCUGAGUUCCCAAGAGAUACAUGAUUUACAUCUUCGCGGUGCAAAUGGCUCGGCUUUUGAAGCAUAACAAGUAGUUCUUUGAUUGUCUUGAAAGAGAUGAACAGGUAAUUUGAUGCUUGUUCUGAUAUAAGCUUUGAAAUGGAAAGGCUGGGGAGUAGGAAGGGGAAGAAGAGCAUAAUCGUCAAGGUAUUCGAGCGAUGUCGUUCCCUCGGGCACCGGAGAAGCUCAGCUGCGGCGGCCACGCCCAAGAGCAAGCCAUGGGACCGCUCCAAGUCCACCGGGAGGCAACGGGCGCCUGAGGGCUGCUUCACGGUGUACGUCGGGCCUACCAAAGAGCGGUUCGUGGUGAGGAUGGAGUGCGUCAACCACCCUCUUUUCAGGAUGCUCCUCGAUCAGGCCGAGAUGGUGUACGGCUUCACCAGCCCUGGCCCGUUGCAGCUCCCAUGCGACGUCGACGUGUUCAACAAGAUCUUGUGCGAGAUGGACCAGGAGAUGAUGGCCCCGCCCACGUGCAGCUUCGCCAAGUGCUACAGCACCGGGUAUCGUCUUCUGAGCCCUCCAAGGCUCAUCGUCUCCGACCAUCUCUAAGCACCCUCAGGCUCUUUUCUAAGGUUCAUCAUCUCCAUGUAUCAUAUACCGUGCUUUAUCUUCUGGUGAAGGUAAUCCUUUGUUUGUGACGUUAACAAAAUGAUUUAGUAGUAGUUUUUCUCUCUCUAAAUAUUUUUAGAUUGAAAAGUA